AUGUCGCAAGAAAGAUCUUUGAAUCAUGAGGACAAUGAUUUCGUUCGGAACAAUAAUAUUGAUGACCAUGAGGAAAAUAAUGAUGAAAUGGAUUUAUCUCCGGAAUUGAAUUAUUAUGAAGAUGAUGACAAUCAUGAGAACAAUUUUUUUGAUCAAGAGGGAAUUACAUUGCAGGAUUUAGAAGAUGAAGAGGAGCAAGAAAUGGAAGAUUACUUUCCAAUGAUCAGGGAUCCCAUCCCAUUGUUUUUAAACCAAUUUGUUCCGAAUACUUAUUUGAAUCAUCAUGGAUUCAACACGGAUAUGUCGUGUUCCGCGAGUAAUGACCACACUCCGAAUUUUAAUUAUUUCUUGUACCGAUGUGGAAGCAUUGAUUUAUUUCAAAAGAAAACUGCUCAGCUAGGAUUUCCUCUUAGAAUUAUUCUAUCGUCCAUUGAUCAAAAUGCAACGAAUAGAUCAUGUUCAAUGAAAACAAAUGCAAUCAAUAAUCAUAAUUCUAGCAAUUCAUCAAGUACUAUGCAAAUCGAUGUGAAUUCGACAAUUUCUCUUACUCCAAAUACAGAGAAUAUUAGAAAAAUGUUUGAACAAUUACCCUCGCGGUUACUUGAGCAAUACAUGUUUCAUUUGUUGCCUGAUGGAAUACAAGAUUUAAAUUAUGACAAUAUGAUAAAAGGAGCACUACUGUCCAUUGCUGAAAAACUCAAAGAACGAGAGAGAAGAUUCUCACAUCUUCUUGUUCCAAUUGUACAUUAUUUUACGGUUGAAGGAGCAGGCCAAGUUCAGUUCGGAUGGCAACAAUCUACCUCACGUGAAUAUCAGCAUUAUACGAAGAACAGUAGUGUGACACCAAAUUCUCAACCGCAACAACAACAGCAAACUUGUAAUAUAACACGAAACGAUACAAUAACAAACAAUGAACCCAUUCUAGAAAACAUUCCCUCGGUGCUUCGAAUUGAAAAGCCUGCGAGCACAAUGCCUUACGAAUACUAUUUUAAUAAGCGCAUUUGCAUUCAAUUGCAUCCCUAUCUUUGUUUGCAAAUCAUACCCUCUGAGCUCAGAAGAAAAUCCAAUUAUAAUAUUAGUCAAAGCAAAACAAGCAAAUAUGAAGGUUAUUACUUUUAUUGUGAAUAUACAGUAUUGGAUUCUGGCUAUUCGAAUAUGUACGGAAGUGAUGGAGUGUGUGAGAUUGGUUGUGGAAUGGCUCCAUUUGAAUACAGUGAAGGAAUGGUUGGUUGGUAUAGAAAUAGUAUCGGUUACCAUUGCGAUUGUGGUCGUGUGUAUGAUAACAUGCCCGAGAAUACCGAUCGCAAUUUUGCAGGAAAAGGACACGUUGGAGACACACUUGGUGUUGCAUGGUCCCUGAAAACUGGAGAAAUCACUUUCGUCAAGAAUGGAGUGGUUGUUGAGACACGAAAACGUCAACAAGUAUGGAAGAAGGAUUUUUGGGACGACUAUUUCGGUACCUUUUGUCCCACCAUUUCCUUCGAUUACAACAAGAGAAAAUUCUAUGUCAAUGUUGGAUUGAACAGAGCACUCUAUCCAUUCAAAUAUUAUCUAUUUAAUACGUACGAAGAACAAGAAGUCUUGUUUUCCUAUCUCGAUGUUGAGAGUGAUUCUGCAGAAGGACAAGCCUUUGUGGAUAUUUCUGUAAAAACUUUUUGUUAA